UGCUUGUCGAUUUGGAUUUCUGCUACUUGGCGCAUUUGUGCUCAUAAGCUGCAGUUAUUUAAUUAAGCAAUUAUGUAAAUAAUUUUGAUCAAAAUCGAAGAUAAAACUGCAAAAAAUCUGUCCCGUACUCCGGCUACUUAGAUACAGCAGUUCGAACAGAGUCGAGCUCGUGAAAACCAUUAAAUUUUUCAGUCAUAAAGAUUAAUAAAUACGAUCAAUAAACUUUGAAGCAUUCCUCCAAUCAACUUCAAAUAAUAGCAAAUAAUAUAUUAUACUAAAAAUAAAAAAUCCCGCUUUAUAGCGCAGGUAUAACGACGAACGUACAAGAUCGAGAGUCUGUCCCAUCAAUCCCAAUAAUUUUCAAUAGAAUGGCAUAUAAAUAAGGUUCUCAAUUGUGAAUUUACUGUAAUACUAAUACUAUAGGUUAACAUAGUUUACAUGUUGAAAUUUGUAAAUAUAAAACUGAAAGUUUAAAUUUCUAUUUAAAAAAACUCAAAUAUGUCAAAAGCCGCGUCAAGAAUUAAAUUUGCUAAAAAGAUAACUGGAAAAAUAGAUCAUUCAUCAAAGUUAAAAACUAAUAUACCAGCAGGAAUGGCAAUGCCAGGACCGCCUCUAGGUCCCCAACUUGGCCAGAGAAAUAUUAAUAUAGCAACAUUUGUUAAAGAAUUUAAUGAAAAAACAGCUCAUAUCAAAGAAGGAAUUCCUAUUCCAUGUAGAAUCAAACCAAAUCUUGAUAGAUCUUACACAUUAACAACUCACCUACCUCCUGCUGUUUACUACUUAAAACAAGCUGCUGGAAUACAGAGAGGACGAAUGCAUGCCAAUGAAAUAGCUGGUAAAAUAACUCUAAAACAUUUAUAUGAAAUAGCAAAAAUAAAGUCUGAAGAUCCUCCUCUAGCUUUAAUGAGUCUCCAGCAAAUUACAAAUAUGUUAGUUGGUACUGCCAAAACCAUAGGAAUUGAAAUAGUACGGGACUUAGAUCCUGAAGAAUAUAAAGAAUUUUUAGCCGAAAGAAAAGUAAUAGUAGAAGAACAAUUAAAAGUAAUAAGAGAAGAAAAAGAAGCAAAGAUGCUUCGUACUGGUUAAAGUUUUAUAAACAAAAUUAAACUUCACAAUAACUUUGUAUAUUCAUAUA